AUGGAUUCUCUAUCAACUGCCGACGAUAGCGAGGUGGGAAGCUCCUCAUCCCAGGAGACCUUCACCUUACUGGAGAUGAGUCCUGGUGACCUCGCAGGUCGAAAAAUAUUGCCACUUGACGUCUCGGAUGAUCUACAUAGCAGCUACAAGCGCAGACAAAGAUGCCAUUGGCUAUCGCAGGUUGUAAAUCUCUGGAAAUGUUCUCAUGUUCAGUGUAACGCACGUCCACUAUCUCGACGCGCAAUCAUCUGCAGAGGCGUCAAGAGACCUUUCUGGGCAUUGAUUUGGAUAUUAGGAUUUCUAAAGGUCGUCUCUCUGGUGUGGACCGGUCUAGUCCACCUUUUUCCCGACGACCUCGACUCCCGUCUAGGCGCCUGGGUCUUCCCCGGCGGACAGCCGUCUAUAUUCUCUCACUGGGUCACUCACGGGGUCACUCCCGUGCAAUGCCACUCACACAAUGAUUACUGGCGGUCAAUCCCGCUCUUCUCAGCCAUAAAAGCCGGCUGCAUCGGCGUCGAGGCGGACAUCUGGCUCUCCGGAGAGGAUGUCCUCGUCGGCCACAAUCGUUUCACAUUACACCACGCCGCCACACUGCGCAGUUUAUACCUUGAUCCGCUGCUGGAUCUUCUUGAGCAGCAUAACACCCGCUCCAGUCGGCUGCAGCCCGACAGAAGUGAGGACCUAGCGGGUGUAUUUGCUCACGACCCAUCCCAGACAGUCGUUCUUCUCAUCGAUUUCAAAACAGAUGGCAACGAUACAUGGCCCUACCUGGUCGAGCAGCUCACACCGCUGCGUGAGGCAGGCUACCUUACGCAUUUCGAUGGAGCGGAGAUGGUCCAGCGUCCUGUGACGGUGGUCGUCUCGGGAGAUGCCCCCUUCCAUCUUAUUGCGGCGAAUAGCACCUACCGCGACAUAUUCUUCGACGCUCCGUUGGAUAAACUAGAUCAACCAGCUUUGGAAUCCAAUACAGGGGAGCCUGCAUCAGCUGCAGCUUCCGAUUACAACUAUACAAACAGCUACUACGCCUCCGUCGACUUUCGCAAGACUAUUGGAUCACUAUCUCGGAACCGCUUCUCGCAGGACCAGUUAGCUCGUGUCCGCGAGCAAGUUGCAGCAGCUCAUGAUCGCGGCCUUAAGGUCAGGUACUGGGGGACCCCGACGUGGCCGCGGGGGCUGCGGAAUCAUGUUUGGCAUGUUUUGGUUCGCGAAGGGGUGGAUUAUAUCAACGUAGAUGAUCUUGCUGAGGGGACGAUGCAAGAUUGGAGGAAACAUCGGAGUUGGUGGUUGUAA